AUGGAAAAUAGAUCAAUACAAAAUAAUCGUCAAGCAUUAACAUCAAUAUAUAAAAAACCAUCAUCUCAAUUGCUUUAUAAUCCUUAUUCUACAGUAAAAUAUAAUCAAAUAUUUCAAGAGUAUCAAAAACCUGAUUUGGAAAAUUAUCGAUCACCAGUAUUAUUCGAUAUCUUACCAACAACAACAACAACAACAAAACCUAGUCAAAGUAUAUUAAGAAAUGAAAAAUUAUUUUCUAAACCAUAA